UGCUCAUUAUUCCACCUUGUUCUGUCAAUGAUCGCAAGGUUACCAUUACCACUGCGUCGGCAUCAACAAUGGAGCCGUGACUCUCCACAUGUGGGGAGUACUGAGAGAAAAAGGGAUUCCCUGACUGGAAAAGAGGAUAACGACAAGGAAAUAACUCCAGAGAGUCAGAGAUUCGGAUUCAUAAAGGGACUAUGUUAAUUGACACUUCGAGGAAGAAAUCAUGAGAAAUCUGGAGGGCAAAGUAGUUGUCCUGGGCUCGCAGGCAAAACGCUGGUGCUCGAGACGUUAUCACAUGGGGCCAGUGACUGUUGCGAGAUAAUCCUGGAUCAUCUUUCGAGACAUUUGACAACAGUCAUUGAAUUAAUCUUAGGAUUCCUACGGAAGAGUCGAUUUGACAUAACGAUUUAUUAAAAUACCGGUUAUCUAAUAGUGUAAUUAAACAUCAGAAUUAUCAUUAACGAUUGGCAUUAGUUGUGCAGAGAAAAAAAAAUUAUUUCAGCGAAAGAAGUUCUAUCUGGAGGUGUGCGUCAACUUGAUAUGGAGAAGUGAAUUUUUCACAUUCCUUUUCAUUCAAUAAUAGCCGAAAGAAAAUAAAAAUUUUACUGUGACACGUAAUCCGCAGUCGAACUCAAAUUCAAUGAAAAACGAAUUGUAUAAAUCAGUCGUGUGAUGACUCAUCGUUGUGGAUACAAAACAUUUCAUAUGAUUCAACAACGAUUGGUAAAUUUUAUGGAACGAUCCGUACAGCGAAUUCAUCCGCUUCAUGAAAAUUAUUGUGUCGGAAAAACAAGUAUGAUAACCAGGUACGCUGGAGACUUAACUCGACCCAGUCCCACGAUAGGGGCGUCCUUCUUCACCUGUAAAAUAAACCUCCAGGACGCAAGAGUAAAACUACAGGUAUGGGAUACGGCCGGACAGGAGAGAUUCAGAUCGAUGGCGCCUAUGUACUACAGAAAUGCUAACGCAGCACUGCUAGUGUUCGAUAUCACACAGUAUAAGACAUUCACAGCGAUAAAAGGUUGGGUGAAUGAGUUGAAGAGGAAUAUCGAGGAGCCCCUGGUGCUUGUGGUUGUGGGGAAUAAGUGCGAUUUGGCUGACCAGAGGACUGUUGACCCCGAGGAGGGGAGAAAGUAUGCGACAAUUAUUGGUGCUGCUUAUCAUGAAACUUCAGCGUUGCAUGACGAGGGGAUUGAGAAAGUCUUCUUGACUACUGCUUGUGAACUUUUGAGAUUAAGUAACGGAAAAACUGACUCGCCACAUCUGCGAGUUGAGGAUUCCCCGAGUUCAGGCUUUGGGAGCUGGGACUCCGAGUACCCACUGACCCCAUCAAGUGAGGAAAGCCUCGCCAACUCAUCAAUUGCACACGGAAUCAAUGAGAGACCGCCGGCUUGCUGUUGAACUUAUUCCAAAAACUUAGGAGAGACUGUGGUUACUUGUAUAUUACUAGAUUUAAAUAGACCUAGACCUUGCGAAUCCUCUGUUCAUUGACCCUGAGAACGCAUGAUUUCAUCGUACAAUUUUUUUUGUAUAAAUCUGAAGUCAUUAUUUUUCUAUUUAACUUGUGAUUAAAAUUGCAUUUAUAAAAACUAAA